AUGCUCAGCGUAGCCCUUCGCAUAGCGCAAGCUCUCUCGCUGCACAUGACCGAUCCUCCAUUUCCAGUAACGCCGUUCGAACGCGAGAUGCGCCGCCGCUUGUGGCACUUGAUCGGCUGGUUGGACCUUGAGGCAUCGCUAAACCGCGGGUCUGAAAGCAUGAUGCGGUCUGCGUGGAUUCAGACCCAUUCUCUCACCAACAUCAACGACGAUGACUUUGGCUUCGACGCGGUGGGUCCCUUACCUGCUGCGCAAAGCGGGCCAACGGAGGCUACUCUUCUCAUUAUGUUUGCCCAUGGCCAAUGCGCUCUGCGUGCCUUGGAUGUAUCCCACUUUGCCGAACCGGGAAUCACCGACAUCCAUAUGCGACAGCAGACGGUGGACCACUUCCGUCGUACUGCGAACGGGCUGCUGGCCGGCUGUGACACCGAAAAUGUCGCGUUCCACUGGUUCACUAGCCAGAUUCAGGAGCAGAUAUCUGCUGUCCUGCAACUUAUCGCUCUCCGGCCACUCCAGAGGAGUCCGACAUUUAUCCCUGCGGAGAUACCAGCGCCCCAAAUGCUCGCCCUCGCAGCCGACAUUUUAGAACGGCGUCAGAGAAUGUUCAGCGAUCCUCGAGCACACCCCUGGCGCUGGUUCGAGCUAUUAUACUUUCCUUGGCAUGCGCUGGUUGUCGCCAUGACCGAGAUCUGCGUCUGUACUGAUCGAUGGGUGAUAGACAGAUACUGGCCUACGCUCGAGCGUAGCUAUGACCUCUUUCAGAAACAAGCUGUUGGUACACACUAUGACUGGCUCUUGACGUCUAUGGAGAAUUUGAUGACAAACGCCCGUGCUGCGCGACAAAAGGUGGUUGGCUCAGACGCGCCAGGGCAUGAAGCACCCAAUUCCCACAUCUAUAUGGACAUGGCGUCUCUCGAGGGCCCAAUCUUGUCCGAUACUUUGCCAGCUGUACCUGACGCGACUUUGGCAGAGGCGGAGCUUGCUCAACUACAAGACCAGGAGGCUACCGCGUGGGCGCGGCGCAGUAUGGGGACUUUACCGACCGCUUCUGUGAGAUGGAUACGAUCUUUGACUGUGGGCUAA